AUGACGUUUUUAAAGCCAUGACAACGCUUCUGAUAAUAAAUUUUAAGUCAAAAUAGCUUCCCAUUCUCUAAUGUUGAAACUCAAAAAUGUAGCACCCUAUAGUGACCAUGGUAACACAAAUAUUUCCCGAAAGAUAAAUUCUAUUUUCGCACUUUCUCCGGAGGUCGCACCAUAAAAAACGGAACAUUAAGAGAUACCGGAGCAUUUAUCUUCGCUGAAAGCCUACAACAAUGUGUGGAAUCCAUAAAAAAGACAAUUGGCCCGAGGAAUUUGAGGGUGCAGAUAAGAUCGUAAAGUUGAUAAUAGAAGUGAUCCAAAUAUCGUAAAAAAGGCAACUGAAAAAAUAACAAAAUUCUUUGGAAAACAACGGCAUUUCAGUUUUGCGCUUUCAAACGGGGCUGAUAUUCAAGCGGAAGGUGGUAGCUGCAAAAAAAAAAAAUGACUGAAAUCGACAAAGAAGCUGGAGCGACAGCAAGGGAUAGUGAAGAAGUUGGGCAAUUUAUUCAAGAAGAUGAGGUUACUAAUCCAUUGACUUCCGAACGGGGCCGUGAGAAAUGGGGUAACAAUAUUGAGUUUUUGUUCUCCUGUAUAGCCCUUUCGGUGGGUUUGGGAAAUGUGUGGCGUUUUCCAUUCAUUGCCCUGGAAAAUGGUGGUGGUGCUUUUGUUAUACCCUAUAUUAUUGUACUGCUCCUAAUUGGCAGACCAAUCUAUUAUUUGGAAAUCAUAGUUGGUCAAUUUUCAAGCAGAGGUUGCAUUCGAGCAUUUGAUAUGGUUCCGGGAAUGAGAGGCAUUGCAUAUGGCCAAGUUUUUGCCACAACAAUGGGUACAACAUAUUAUGCCUGCAUCAUGGCUCUGACACUGAAAUAUUUAUUCUCUUCAUUUGCCACGAAGUUACCAUGGGCCUACUGUCGUCCAGAAUGGUCAUCGUUUUGUUUUUCGGCCUCCGAUAAUGUGACGUUGGGUGGUAAUGAAACAUCGACAAAACGUUUCUCAUCGGCUGAAUUGUUUUUCUCCAAAGACGUACUACGCGAAACUGAAUCUCUGGAAGAUGGAUUGGGUACGCCCAGUUGGGAUUUGAUCUUAUGUCUGCUAGUCGCUUGGCUUAUAAUUGGCAUAAUUUUGUGCAAGGGCAUCCGAAGUUCCGGCAAGGCAUCAUAUUUUCUGGCAUUAUUUCCCUAUUGUGUUAUGUUCAUUUUACUUGGACGUGCCUUGACUUUGCCCGGAUCCUGGGAUGGUAUUGUGUUCUUCUUGAAACCUCAAUGGAAAGAGCUGCUAAAUCCAAAGGUUUGGUAUAACGCCAUUACACAAAUGUUUUUCUCAUUGGCCAUUUGCUUUGGUACUCUCAUUAUGUAUGCCUCAUUCAACGAUUUUCGAAAGAACGUUCACAGAGACGUUAUGAUAAUUACAAGUAUCGACUCCCUAACUUCCCUUCUUUCUGGAUGCAUUAUUUUUGGAAUUCUUGGAAAUUUGGCCCACGAAACGCAGACCACGGAUAUAGCCAGUGUGGUUAAGGGCGGUGCGGGAUUGGCCUUCAUCUCCUAUCCUGAGGCCAUUGCAAAAUUCAAAUAUCUGCCACAACUGUUUGCGGUUCUGUUCUUUUUCAUGCUUCUCGUAUUGGGUGUUGGCAGUAAUGUUGGCAUGGUCUCGUGUGUUAUGACCGUGAUUAAGGAUCGUUUUCCCCACAUUCCGCAUUGGAAAUUGUCAGCGGUUCUAUCAGUUUGUGGAUUUCUGUGUGGCAUUGUUUACAUGACUCCUGGGGGUCAAUAUAUUUUGAAUUUAAUCGAUUUCUUUGGUUGUUCAUUUAUCGCCUUAUUUUUGGCCAUAGCUGAAUUGAUUUCCUUCGCCUGGAUUUAUGGCACCAAACGCCUCUGCGAGGACAUAGAAUUUAUGCUGGGUAUAAAAACCGGUGGCUAUUGGAGAAUCUGUUGGACAUUCAUUACACCGGGUCUAAUGAUGGGCGUGUUGCUGUACUCUUUGAUCAGUUAUACGCCUUUGACAUACAAAGGUGAAACAUAUCCUAUUGUUUAUUACGCUUUUGGUUGGCUACUGUGGGCGGUGGGUGUGGGGCAGGUCCCAAUUUGGUUUUUGUAUGAAUUUCGUAAACAAUCUGGUUCGAGCUUUAAAACGAGAUUACUUAAAUGCCUUCGCCCGUCUUCUAAAUGGGGCCCUUCGAAUAAAAAACUGCUGGAGGAAUAUAUUUUCUAUAGAAAAUCUUUAACUUUAAAUCGAAGAAAAUAAAUGUUUAUAGAUAUUUUAUCUUUUUGAUUGUAAAUGUGUAUACGUACAGAACGUGAAUAUAGAUUACAAAUAAUGACCCUUUGUAUGAGAUUUGUAAUCUAAGGCCCCAGUAAAAUUGAAUCGAAAAAUUGUAUUAUCAAAAUUUGCCAUCUUUGGAAUGAGAUGAGGCUCAU